UUAUUAAAAUAUCGAUUCAUUUGUUUUUAUUCUCUCUCUUUUUUUUUUUCUUUUAACUCUUUUUAUUAUUAUUCAAAAAUGAAAAUCAUUCCUAUUCCUGCACUCGAAGACAACUAUUCUUAUAUUUUGAUUGAUGAAAAAACAAAAGAAGCUGCAGUGAUUGACCCCGUUGAACCUAUUAAAAUCUUAAAUGUCAUUAGUCAAACUGGAGCCAAAUUAUCCAGUGUCUUUGCCACACAUCAUCAUUGGGAUCACUCUGGCGGAAACAUAGAAUUAGUGGCCAAAAAACCUGGAUUAGCCGUAUAUGGUGCAGAUGCCCGUAUACCAGAAAUAAAUUAUGUAUGCAAAGACAGAGAAGAAUUCAAGUUGGGCUCAUUAGAUAUUACACCACUCCAUACACCGUGUCAUACCAAGGGUCAUGUUUGUUAUUAUGUAGUGGAUCCAAAUACAGGAGAAAGAGCCGUGUUUACAGGAGAUACAUUAUUUAUUGGUGGUAUCGGUAAAUUCUUUGAAGGUGACGCUCGUGACAUGUAUCGUAUCUUGUUUCAUAUUAUUACAAAAUUACCCGAUGAUACCUGGGUUUAUUGUGGACACGAAUACACAAAGAAUAACCUAAAGUUCGCCUUGUCAAUUGAUCCACACAAUGAGAAUUUACAAGCCAAAUGGGGUUGGUGUCAAGAUAAAUCCAUUACUGUUCCUUCCACAAUUGGACAAGAGAAAUUAUAUAAUCCAUUCUUAAGAGUGAACGAACAAUCCAUGCAACACGUUGUAGGUAAAAGCGACCCUGUAGAAGUCCUUCAUACCUUGCGAGAAAUGAAGAAUUCAUAUAUAUAAAUUUUACUUUAUCAUUUUUCUUUUGCUCUUGUUUAUAAUCUCAAUCGAUUUCGCAAUCAUCUUGUUAAUGUUGUAAAAGGCUUCGAUCCGUUCUAUAUCACAUACGUUCUUUCGUACAUCUUCAAUGUCUGAAAUAGCCACUUGCACUUUCUGGCUCGAUUGCCUCAACCGUCUUUUCGUCUCUACAAUACGUGGCACUUUGCGAUGAAUAUGGUCUGAUAUCCUAUAAAAUCCAAGUGAACAAUCGUUCAAUGACAUUAGCAAUAUCUGAGAAAACCCUUGCAUAGCUU